GUUUUGCGGGGGAAGGCGGGUAUAGACCGUCUGUCUCGCACAGUCUCUGCGGGGGACGCGGGAGGGAACCCCUCCCGAGCAGUGACAAUUUCAGCCUGAUGUUCAGGGGCUAGAUGCCUGUACCCCCAAGCCCGAGGGCUUGGAUUGGGGGGGCUCGGCAGUCCCGCCAGUGAGGUCCGAGGCGGGCACGUGGGAGGCCCCGGCCCGGGGCUCUGUGGGACCGGCAGGAGGCUGGAUACAGAGGCAGGGGGAUAAUCCAGCCCCGCCGGCGGGCCGCGUCCUUCCCACUUCGCCGCCCCAGCGCGAGAGCUGCGGCCGGGCUCGGCCGUGCCCCCUCCCACGCCCGCCUCCUUCCACGUCUGGCUGCGCCGCGGCCGCUCCCCGGGGCACGGGCUAUAAGAGGCUCCGGCUGGGGCUGGCGGCAGAUGCUGGAGGCAGAAGGCGGCAGGGGAGAGGCGAGAACCUGCGGCCAUGAAGUCCCCGCAAACCAAGAGCGCGGCCGGCAAAGGCUCCGGUGACGGUCUCCCUCGUCCUCUCCCGUCCCGGCCGGCCCCGGGCCCUGCCGCCCUGCGGGCGGACGCCGGGGAGCUGGCGGAGGUACUGGGUGAGUUCGAUGCCGUGAUAGAAGACUUCUCCUCGCCCGUCAGCAAGCGCCACUUCCAGUACGAGGAGCACCUGGCGCGGAUGAAACGGCGGAGCAGCGCCAGCGUCAGCGACAGCAGCGGCAUGAGCGACUCAGAGAGUGCAGAUUCACUCUACAGAAACAGUUUUAGCUUCAGUGAUGAAAAACUUAACUCUCCAACAAUGUCAAUUCCAACUCCAACUUUACCAUCUCCAGCAGUAACUCCUUGUAAAGCAAAGCUUGGAGACACAAAAGAACUAGAAGACUUUAUUGCUGAUCUUGACAGGACAUUAGCAAGUAUGUGAAGCAAAGGGAUUUUUGGCAUCAUCCCUGUCUACAGAUAAUUCCUUGAAAGAUGCAAUGAAGACCUAAUGAUAUGGAUCACUGAAAGCCGCUGCCAUGUCUGACAACUGUCAACUUUGCUAUCCAGCAUAUUCAUCUUCUGAACAUAACAAUAGUCACCUUCUCUAAGCAUUUAACUGAUGACAUCAGUUUUGUUACUUUGCAGCAGGCAGGAUCAGAUAACUUAAAUGUGCUGAUACUAUAUUUUUUUCUUAAAAAUAUAGCUUAAAUUUUAAUUUAAAAUUGCUUUUAUGAAAAUAUAUUUGUAAUUUUAUAUAGUUGGAAACUUUAAUGCUUUUAAUAUAUUUUUGUAUACAAAUAAAACCUGAACUGAAA